UUAUAGUGUACGACAUAUUCUAUAUUUCCAAAACGAAAGCCAAAAGGCUACAAACGCUGCCAUUUUUGGAAUCAUCGGGUCAGAUAGGCCCAGGAAUAAUUGAGUCCCCGAAAUAUAUGUUGGGCAGUGUUAUGAAAGAAAGGAAAAACGGAGAGGGAAAAGAGCGGUGAGCAAAAAUAGAUGAACCUGGGCGAUGACAAGCCUUGUUUUGUAAGAAGGAAGGGGAGAGAGGGGAUCCCGGUGUGAUGAGAGUGUAUUUCUGUUCCUGGGAAGGAGGGGAGGGGAGACGCGGCUGCGUCCAGAUCUGAUAGGCCGCCUUCUCCUCUCUGCCGGCUUCAUCAUCUCCUUUCUUGGGCAGCCUCCUCCUCCUCGGCCCCCCUUUUCUCCUCCACGUCAUUGGGAUCCAGUGACGUCGGGUUCCCCCAAGCCCCAAAAAAGGGAGGGGAACCUCUCCCUCCAUUGAUCUGAAGCACAUCUUCCCUCCCCGCUUUCCUUAACAUGCCAGUGCCCACUCUUUCAGCAGCCUAUAAAAGAUGGGAGGCAAGCGUGGCUCUCCAACAGAUCCAACCGGCAUCCGAGAGAGACAGACAGAGAGACCGAGAGGAAGAGCGAGGCGACGAAGGGAGACGGAGGAGCGCUAGUCGCCAGAGCCUUUGGCAGCCGAGAUGUACCGGUCUACGAAAGGCGCCUCCAAGGCUCGGAGGGACCAGAUCAACGCCGAGAUCCGGAACCUGAAGGACCUGUUGCCCAUCGCCGAAGGGGACAAGCUCCGGCUGUCCUACCUGCACAUCAUGUCCUUGGCCUGCAUCUACACCCGCAAGUCCAUCUUCUUCUCCAAAGAUACCACUGCGGAGAGCCUGGAGAGCCUGCUCUCGCCACAAGAUUUGGAGGACUUCAUGCAGACGCUGCCGGGCUUCCUUUUGGCUUUCACCGGAGAAGGGAAACUCAUCUACGUCUCCGAGAAUGUGUCCGAGCACCUGGGGCACUCCAUGGUAGAUUUGGUGGCCCAAGGAGACAGUGUCUACGAUAUUAUCGACCCAGCGGAUCACUUUGUGAUGAGGAACCAGCUGGCAUUGCCGUCCCCUGUUGAUACUGAACGGCUCUUCCGAUGCCAUUUCAACACUUCCAAAACCAUCCGGCGCCAAAGCGCCGGCAACAAGCUGGUCCUGAUCUGCGGGAGGUUCCACCAGCCGCCGUUGGGCUCUUACUGGUCCACGAACCCGGUCUUCACCGCCUUCUGCACCCCGUUGGACCCCAAACCCAGGAUGGGCCAGAACUCCUUCUUCCUGUCUGCUUUCGAGAGCCGGCACACCAAAGACCUGGCCAUCGUGGACAUCUCUGAAAGUGUGGUUUUCCAUUUGGGUUUUGAGAAAAGCGAGCUCUUUUGCAAGUCCUGGUACAGCCUGAUCCACCCUGAAGACCUCAGCCACGCGUCUGCCCAGCAUUACCGACUGUUGGGCGACACAAGCGAAACGCAGGCCGAAAUGGUGAUCCGGCUCCAAACCAAAGACGGCGUGAACUGGAUAUGGAUCUAUUCGCUGCUCCGUCUGGAGAACGCCGACGUCCCCAUCACUUGCCACAACUAUAUCAUCAGUGAUGCCGAAGCCUGGUGCCUGAAGCAGCAACUCGCGGCCGAAGAGACCCAGGCAGCCUUUGCCCUCGGAAGCACGCCGGCCUUCUUGGAAGGCCUCCUUUCGCCAGGGCAACUCUCCAGCCCUGACCAAGUCUUCACCCCAGUGGCUGGCACCCCGACCAGUACUGUGACUGCUCCGUCUUUUGAGUUCGGCGGUCCUGAAUGCCCUCCGACGUUCGCGGAGACCUCGUCCGCCCUGCCUCCUGAAUCGACAGAGCCGGGAAAUAUCUCCUCCAUGGAGGAGGCCCCUCGCGGCUCCACUCUGAGCUUUUUCGGCAAAGGCCCGGCCUUCAGCUACAUCAUCUACGACCAGACGGCAAGGCGGGACACCCGCAGGUCCAAGGACUUCGCUUGCACCCCUCCUUACACGCCGCAUCAAGGGUCGGCCUUCUUAUUCGGAACCCAAGACCCGUUUGUUUCCGGUCCAGCUCCGGUGAUGACCGUCCCGGCGACGGUGGUGCCCACCACGACCGCCGUCGCCGCCACCACCACGUCCGAACUGUUCUUCCCCCAAGAACAAUGCAGUGUUCUCUAUGAGAAGUUACCGCCGACGCCGGACAGCCCCGGUAAUGGGGACUGUACCGUGAUGACUUUGCCCGAGAUCCGGGGUCCCCUGUAUAUCGACGUGCCCAUGGUACCCGAGGGGAUCCUGACGCCCGAGGCCUCGCCCGUCAAGCAGGCCUUCUUCAGAUAUUCUGAACAGGAGAAGAGCGAGAUCGAGCGCCUGGCGCGGCACAUCGGCAGCCUGGCCGAAGCGUUCAGCUCCGCCAAGGAAACCCCCGCCCCGAGCGCCCCGUCCGGACUGAGCCUCAAGGACUGGAGGAGCGUAGACUUCUCCUCCUUGCUGGUCCUCCACAACCUUGACGACGAUGACCUCCUCCUUGAGGAAGAGGACGUCGACGACGCCACCUUCGAGGCCCUCCUCCAAGACCUGUCCGCCUCUCUGUUCGAGAAAGGCGAGGCAGGCCUGCGGUGCCCACACCUCCACCCGUGCUGCAGCGGGAAAGUCGGCCCGGGCACCGAAGAGGGCCACCACCCGGGGGCUUUGGCUCCCUCGCCCAGCCAAGUGGACCGGCCUCCUCCGGAAGAGCCGUGCUUUCUGGAAGAGCUGGCCUCCUACGAAACAGCCUUUGAGACACGUGCCUCAAACUCUCCCUGUGACGGGUUCGAUGAGUUGUAUCAACUCCAGAGCCACAUGCCAGACGGCUUCCAUGAAGAUGGAAGCGAAAGUGACCCUUCGUUCUGAAAUAAGUCCGUGACUUACUUCUCUAAGUAUGGCAUAUUGUCAUAUCCAGUGGACCUUUUUUGUGUGUGUGUGUGUGCCGGAAAACAAAACUUCCAGAAGAAAUGUAU